GUCCGCGGAAAGCCAUGCAUUCCAUGCACGGACUUUAGCAGGCCGACGUGUCGACUAUAGCAGUCGGCUAUGGUGCGCCCAUGCACCUGCAAGCGAGGUUAUGACGUUGUUGCGCACCAUCCGUUCGCCUGUCAUAUCCGGUUGUUGGAGAAGCUCGUCACAGGCGAACGGUGACAUCGCCGCCGUCUUGCCUAGGCUUCCUCCUCGGGUGACGGUCCGAGCCGCGGAAGUGCGAGGGUCGGAUGUGGUGGAUGUUCGAGGGGCCGGCGGACAGCCCAUCUUCUCGUUUUCGCCACUGCCGUUUCCGUUCCAGCUUCCUGGACGUGCACCCCCAGACACGUCGUGCCACGUGCACCAUCGCGGAGCGUCUGCACCGACCGUCAUCGUCAUCAAAGGCCGAGAUAGCUUUCGUGUGGACAGUGUUCCAACUCAAGGCGAAGGGCGAAACGGGUCGAACACAUGUGCAACGCAAGACACAAGUGCGAGAAGUCGGGAAAUUCAAUGUGGCGUGGACGACGGCGGAACUGGUCGACUGCCGAAAGAACGUGGUGCAGGAGAACGACGACAGGGGGGGAAGUCCACAGCGGCGCCGAAGAAGAACACCCUGUGGACUCUAGAGGAGCGAGUGCUAUUGGCCAAAAUCAGCGGCGAGGACGAUGCUCUCAUGGGCGAUGCAGAAGGUGCUCAUUCUCUCAUGACAAAGGGCAGGCGUUAUGAUUGGAUAGCGGACCGCAUGAAGGACGAGGGGUACGCACGCACAGGAGAGGAUUGCCGAAAGAAAUGGGCGGAGCUGCAGAAAAAGGUUCGGGAGAUAAGGGAUGCAUGCGAUGGAUCGGGCAAACAGCCAUACUGGGAUGUAACAACGGAGGAGAGAAAGAAAUUGAACAUCCUUAUGACUUUCGAGCGGCCGUUGUGGGAUGCGAUGGAGUGGUACCGCCUGAAGGCUGCUUUCACCAUGGACAACACAAUGGCAUCUGAGGAUUUGAGAGGGAUGGGUUCUGCAGCUGGCAGCGAGGCAGGGUUUGAGGGCGGGGGAACAGAGACUUCAGGUGGCGCUCCGAAGACUCGGAGGACGAACUCCAGGAAAGUUCGUGGUUCCGAUGUCGGGCAAGGUGUGACGGCGAUGGCGGCAGCUAUGGAGGACAUGAGCCGAACACUGUGUGAAGGUCCGGACAGGGCUGCUAGGACGCCACGACACUGUGUUCCCCUUCGUGUUUAGAGCACAUGCGGACGCCACGUUUUCCAGCGCUUCUAGUGUGCUGUUGUCUGCGUUAUGGUAUGGG